AUGUCCACACCUUCGUUUACUCUCGCACGCACCGGCGACAAAAUCCCUGCCAUUGCGUUCGGCAGCGGCACCAAGCACCAGAAAAAGAAGAAGGGCGACCCCGUCCUCAAGGACUCCGUGGACGAGUCGCUCGUCGACAUCAUCAAGUUUGCGCUCACAGAGGGCAAAUUCACCCACCUCGACACGGCCGAGGUGUACACGACCCGCAUUGAGGUCGGCAUGGCGAUCGCGGAGUCGGGCGUGCCACGCAGCAAGCUCUGGAUCACCGACAAGUGGAACCAAGGCUGGGGAGGCAGGCACCGGUCGACGACUCCGUCGGGGCCGUACGAGUCGCUGGUCAAGGGCCUGGAGCUCAUGAAGAUCGACUACGUGGACCUGUUUCUGAUUCAUGCGCCGUUUUUCGGCGCAGACGCCAACGAGGUCACCGUGGAGGAGGCCUGGAGGCAGAUGGAACGGCUGGUCGACGAGGGCAAGGCGAGAAACAUCGGGGUGUCGAAUUUCGACGAGCCGAUGCUGCAAAAAAUCCUCGCUGUUUGCAAGUACAAGCCGCAGGUCAACCAGAUAGAGUACAAUCCUUAUCUACAGGAGCAGUCGCCCGGGAUUGUGGACUUCUGCAAGCGGAACGAGAUCCUGGUGGAGGCUUUUUCGCCGCUGACGCCGAUCGUCCCGACGAAGGUCACGGAGGGACCUUUGGAUCCGGUUUUGAGAGAGCUGGAGGCAAAAUACGGCGUCACCGACACGCUGCUGCUGCUCAGAUGGGUGUACCAGACAGGCGUUCUGCCGAUCACGACGUCGACCAAUAAGGAGCGGCUUAGAGACAUUAUGAAGGUGUGGGAGUUUGAGCUGGAGCCUAGCGACGUGGAGAAGAUCUCUGCGACGGGCAGAAAGCUCCACUAUAGAGGCUUCUUCCAGGACUACUUUGAGAAGUACGACAAGGCCUGA